AAAUAUAAAGAGUGCAGAUACGGCGACCGCGCGUGCAUUGUAGUGCGCGGACAUUCACAGUCCUUCCGUGGCAUCCUCUUUCCACUGGUCUUACCGCAGUCGUGAUUACACGUCUAUCAAAAUACAGUAUAAUCGACAUCGCGUCCACGUGAAAUGUUUUUGGUGGUGAUCUUUUCCCCCACUCAUGUGAUAGAUGACUUCUUCAAACGAGGAUACUAACUGGAAACUUUGGACUUUUAUUUGUUUCUCUACUCCAAAAAUAACACUAAUAUAGCUAUAAAGGAAAUCGGACACGAUCAUUUCACCCAGUCAAUGGGAAUAUUCGUUAUUCAGCAUUACAUUUACCGACAGCUAUACCAGCUCACAUUGAAAGGAGGGAGGGGAGGAAAACUUAAACCUCAUGCCUCCACAAAGUCAUUCGUGAGGCAAACAUUUCCUUUGGACCAUUGCUCAAUAUACCAGCAUGGAGAGAGGGGUCAGAACAAGACUAGAAACGGGAGUGGCAGAUGAGAAAGGCUCUCUCACUCAAGGAAAUACACAAUUUUCAGGAAGCGAGGACCUGGGAUCUGAAUGUUGCAAGCGUAAUGGCUUGAUCAGUACCCAUAACUUAAUGGUGGAGACUAAGGAAGGACUGGUGUCUGUCUAUUCUGCCCCACAGUAUCAGGGCCAUGUGGUGUCCAAGGACAAAAAUGGGUCACAGGAUGGUAGAGGGCCCCCACAGCUGCUAAACCCCAGCACCCUGCCCCAAGCUAUAGACUCUUACUACAGACCCAACCUCAUUCUUUACCCUGAGAGCAUGUUGAGAGCAUGGGGUGAAGGAGGGGACUGCUGUGAGACCACCUUCAUUGAAGACAUUACCCCUGCCUCUUCUGGAUCAGCUGUCUCUAAAGAUGGAAUUCUGUUCACUGACAGCAAGCUUCUGGAUCUCUCUAUGGAAGACGUCAAGAUCCAGACACUGUCCUAUGAUGUAGAUGAUGAUGAUGAUGAUUUUCAAGAACUUGAGAGUGAGUACUCAAGUGACUCAGAGAGUGAGGACAAUUUCCUCAUGAUGCCCCGAGGGACCAUCUGGGCGUCAGUGUGUUCUCCAUGCUCUGCUGUUUCUGGCCCCUCGGCAUCGCAGCUUUCUACCUUUCUCAGGAGACAAACAAAGCAGUUACUAAAGGGGACUUUCACCACGCCAGCUCCAGCUCCAGACGUGCACUCUUCUUCGCUGUGCUGUCCAUCACCAUCGGGACUGGCAUCUACGUGGGUGUGGCUGUGGCCCUUAUCGCAUACCUCUCCAAAAACAAUCUCUUGUAGCCUUCCCAUGCAUACCCAAAUCUUACUUUUCAGCAAACAGACAGAGAUCACUUCAAGGCCAGCUGAGCUGUUUGGGAAAACGCAAUGGUCACAAUAUGGGACUCACCAGCAAUGUGUUCCACUCCUGCACUUUUAGUCACCCCAUUUGAUUGGGAAGAUUAUCCUUUUUUAUCCCCUUUUCUCCCAAUUAUUAAUGCCCAGUUCCCACUACUCCUCGUGGUGGCGCGGUUACUCGCCUCAAUAUGGGUGGUGGAGGACAAGUCUCAGUUGCCUCCACUUCUGAGAUGUCAAUCCGUGCAUCUUAUCACGUGGCUCGUUGUGCAUGACACCGCGAAGACUCACAGCAUGUUGAGGCUCAUGCUACUCUCCGCGAUCCACACUCAACUUACCACAUGCCCCUUUGAGAGCGAGAACCACUAAUCACGACCAUGAGGAGGUUACCCCAUGUGACUCUACCCUCCCUAGCAACCGGGCCAAUUUGGUUGCUUAGGAGACCUGGCUGGAGUCACUCAAGGAAGAUCAUCAUUUGUACAAAUGUCAUGAUCACCUUUCAGCAUUCUUCUAUCAUGUGACCGUGUGUCAUGUGACAUCACCAGUAUUGUUUGUUAUGCUCACUGUUUGUGAAAGGGCAAAUCUAAUGCUACUCAUAUUAAAUUUUAGCAGUUAAAGUCAACACGAAAUCUAAAUUACUUGGUUACUACACAUACAGAAAAAGCAUUUUUGCAAUUUACAUAAAUUAUCUUAACAGCAUGAAAUAAACUAGAUAUGCCAACUUUUCACAUUCCAAUAAAUUCCAGAAAAACAGAGAAAAAAAUAGUCCCAUCCUACAUUUAUGUUGAAUAUCCUGUUUCACUUGCAAAUAUAUCUUAUAACAGAAGCAAAAUGAGUUACAAACACAGUUUCAUGUUGACUUUAAUCUCAGUUUGUCACAAACACAAAAUGUGUAAUGCCAAUCUAAACUGUCAAAAGAUCUAAACAACCAUUGAUUUUAUUGAAUGUUUUUUUUGGGGUGUGUGAUGCUUAUCGAGAACACAGUCUAUAUAUGAUGUGCCACAGUGCUUUCAAGCAUUUUGAAUAAGAGCUACUGAAUCUCAAGGUCUGUUACUCUCUUUUUUAUAUUACAUACACUAAAUGAACAUAAAGCCAUAUAGAUGGGUUGCUCAAACCUCUGCGUGGACUUUUUUAAGAACGUAUGGAUGGUAUCACUCUUGUGGGGCUGUAAUACUCAAUCUUAAGUACUCAGUAAAUAUGUUAUGCUUUCAGUUUCUAUAUGUCAUUGUAUAAAGCUGUAAACGAAUUUGCUGUCAAAUUGUCUCCCAUUAUCUGGGAACCACCUCAAGUGUCAUCCUUGAACAACUUCUCAAUGUUCACAAAAAUGUUACACUGUUUAUGCGUAUUGGUGUGCAUGUGUACACACUGAAUGAAUUAAAUUACAGUGUAAAAUUGUCUGAACAGUUAGGUGACAUGUAAAAUGCCAUCAUCAAUACAAAACAAAAAACUAGAAAAGGAAACUUUGGAAAUACAAAUUUUGAUGCUGGAUUGAGAAAGCCUUUUCUGAACGUUUAUAUGAGUAUUUCGGGCAGAUGGAUGGAUGAUUACUUAAAAG